GUUUAUCGCCAGCAGGGGGCGCUGACGCUGCCGUUCCUCAGCCGCUAUCCACUACCCGGGCCUACUCCCUAAGCGCAGCACCCGCUGGAAGAUGGUGUCCCUGGGCCCGCCGGCCCGCACGCUGCGGGCCCUCUUGAGGGAACUGCGGCACUUGAGCUCGGUCAGAGGCCAGCCCUACCAAGACAUGGCGGCCUAUCGGUAUCUCACGGAGGCCUUCCGGGCGCACCGGGUCACCAGUGAGAAGCUCUGCAGAGCUCAACAUGAGCUACAUUUCCAAGCUGCUACCUACCUUUGUCUCCUUAGAAGCAUUCGGAACCAUGUGGCCCUUCACCAGGAAUUUCAUGGCAAGGGUGAGCGUUCUGUGGAAGAGGCUGCUGGCGUGGUGGGUCUCAAGUUGCCCCACCAGCCUGGAGGGAAGGGCUGGGAGUCUUGAUAAUGGAAAGAUUCACUGGAUGUUGCUUUCAUACAAGAACUUCACAAUUAUCUCUGUUUUUCAACUUAUAUUGGUCAUUAAACUUAAAAAUGAGUGUUCA